AAUAUAGUGAAAACUAACAGAAAUCGGCUGCAAACUGCAAACAAAAGGGAAGAUUUUAUGGUCGCGUUGUGGCAUCGUUCUGCGUAAUUUGGAAUACAUGUGAAGCGCAAUGGAGUUCUGUACGGAUCUGAAUGGCAUCGACGAGGACUCCAUCGAGCCCUGCAGGACAUGCGGCAUUUAUUUCACCAUGGGUCUGGACAUGGAUCAGGCGAUUGUGAAGCCCAUUUUUGGCUUGGAUGACGCCGCCGUCGGCAGCAUGGCGGAGAUUCUCGAGCAGCUGAGUGCCUGGAAUGUUCAGGUUGUGCGGGAGGACGGACGACCGCAGUACAUGUGCAUCGCCUGCAUUGCCGAGUUCCACCGGCUGCUGAAGUUCAAGCGCAGCUGCGUGGAGACGCAGGAGCAGUUUGGGGAACUGGAGUACCAGCGCGAGCACAACGGCAUCGUGAUCAAGCGGGAAAUCGAGCCGCAGGAGGAGAAGUUCUGCGGCUUCAUUUACCUGGACACCGACGAGGAGGAGAUCAGCGACGAGGACGGCAGCAGGCGUGUGUGCGCCGCCUUCGACAUACCGCACGUGCCCAUCAAGGAGGAGCACAUGGCCCGGGUGCCAGUGCCGAGUAGAAAUCAAUUCCAGCCGCCAGAGCCCAAAGAUCUGGCGUCGCCGGUCGAGUCCGGAUUCGAGAUGAUGGACAACGAUGCGUUGACUGCCAGCAUGUUUGCGCCGUCCAGCGAGGAUGCAGCUGGCACGGCCGAGGAUGAGGACAACGAGGACGAGGAGGAGGAGGAUAUAGUCAGGUUUACGUACGACGAUGACGGUGACGCCACUGCCCCUUUGCCGCCACCCAUUUUCUCGCCCAUUGUCUCCUGUAAGCUGUGCCAUCACGAUUCGCCCGACCAGGAGUCCCACCUGGACCACAUGCAGCGCACACAUCUCCUCAAGGACUGGGAGUGCCACAUAUGCGGCAAAAAGUUCACCAAUGCCCAGGAGUCGCGCAUCAAGUUCCACAUCAAGUAUCACAAGCUGCAGCGGCACAUCAAGUGUCCCGUUUGCGGCUUCAUCUGCAACUCCAAGGACACUCUUAAGGAGCACAGGCAGGCGGUGCAUGCUCGCACCAAGUGCACCUACUGCGGGAAGACUGUGAAGAAUUCAGUGCUUCAAUCACAUUUGAAAAGGCAUUUAAAAGAGGGAGAGGACGAACUAGCCCAGAGACUGAAAUUAUUGGAGGAACUUCCGGUGAAUGUUUCCACUACGGAGACCUUUGCUCCUCCGCCGUCCACUGGUUCGCUUGAGUCUCCUGUUCCCAGGGACUCUACCCUUCCAGAGGAGUCUUAUGUCGCUGAGGAAUCUACUGCUGCUGAAGACUCAACAGUUCUGGAGCAUUCCACAUCAUCUUCUCCUGCAAUGGACCGUCCAGAAAACAUUCUGUAUCCGAUGGAUCCACCUGCACCCGUAGAUUUUCCUUCCGCUUCCACUGACUGUGUCAUUCAGUGCGCUUUCUGCAGCGACACUUUUGAGGAGGCCCAGCAGCUGCAGACUCAUGUGGUGGCCACGCAUACGAAGUCCAGAAAGAGGCCUCGGUCGCCAGAGAAUACUUCACCCAUUAGGGUCGCCAGGCAGGAGAUCCUCCACUCACCCAGUCCAAUGGAAACCGAUCAGCCGAGUAGUGAGAACGAACGAAGCUCUGACCAAGAAGACAGCACCGCCCAGCAGGAGAGCAGAACUGAAUCGAGCCUCAAUGGCAGCUCCACUGUCGAGCAGGUGCCAGGAAAGUCCUACAUCUCGUGUCACAUCUGCGGCAAAUUCUUCGACUUAAAAAUUAAGCUUAAUAGACAUCUCAAACAGCACAAUGCGUUACCACAGUGAGCCAUUUAUUUCAUUGGCAUUUCUAGCUUAUAUUUUAAGAUUUUCGAUUCGCUUUUCAGCCGGCCAAAUUGUUUAAGAGUAUUAUGCAGCUUCUUUUUUGAUAAUUUGAAUUAGUCGUCUUA